GAGGUGUUCAGCUGAAAUUAAUAAUUUGUUAAAAACUUCUUUCAGGGGCCUACUCUAAAGCAAUAUGAUACGUAUAUAUUUAGUUUAAGCUGGUAAAUGAAGCACAGAGACAGUAAAACAGCAGAGCUAACUAGGAGUGGAUACCACAAGGAAAAAACAAGGUUCCUCAAUCAGAGCUCCUAAUUCACAAUGAAGCCAGUGUUUUUCAGCAUGACCGUCCUGCUCAUUUCCUACAACUGUUUGAGUGACGAAUACAUUUACACAUAUUUCGGUCUGGUCAUCUGCUUCAUGCUCUGGGCUAAAAUGGUAUUCCACGCAGAAAAUGGCUUGUCGGAUGGAUUCGGCCGGGCGGUGUUGAUUACAGGUUGUGAUAGUGGAUUUGGACAUCACCUUGCAAAGAAACUGGACCGCAUGGGCUUCACAGUGUUUGCCGGAUGUUUAUGUCCUGAGGGUCCCGGGGCUCAGAGUCUGGUUGAAGAAGGCUCUGACCGUAUGAAGGUGCUCCAGCUGGAUGUGACCAAAGAUGAAGAUGUCAGCUUGGCCAAGGGUUUUGUUCAAGCAAAUUUGCCAGAGAAGGGCCUCUAUGCUGUGGUAAAUAAUGCUGGAAUCAGUGACUGGGGAGAGACCGAGUGGAGCAUUGCCAAGGACUUCCAGAAGAUGGCUGACGUUAACCUGUUUGGUGCCAUCAGAGUCACCAUCCCAUUCUUGUCACUUGUCAGAGCAUCCAAAGGUCGUAUGUUAUAUGUGUCAAGUAUCUUUUCUUUCUUCAACUGUCUGAACAUGGGAGCAUACAGUGUAUCCAAACGGGGACUGGAAGCGUUUGCAGACUGCUUGAGAGUAGAGAUGGCCAAUUUUGGAGUUAAGGAUUUAAGGAUUGCUCUAUGGUUAUCAAUGCCAUGUUACACGCUCUCACCGCUCCCAAACCUCAAACCCGAUACCUGCUCGUAUCCUGGAGAGAUAUGUUUUUCUUCUACAUAUGCCCUUUUCUCCCUGCUUGUAUCACUGAUUCUGUGUUUACUGUAAGUUCCAUGUAUCACAAGCUUAAAGUAAUGCUUUACUCAUAAUUUGUUUAUUCAUAAUAAGAAUAAGAGAGCUUGCGUUACAUCGAUGACUCAAGCCCUAUGUGUUGCUGUAAGACUGCUUUAACUCUUAACAUGAGACAUAAAAAAUUUUCCGGGACAGUUGUUCACAAAAAUACUUAAAUGUACUGAAACAUUCUUUAUUAUAAAGGCGUGUACUCCU